CCGGUGCCCACGGGGAGGCGCGAGGCCCGGCCGUGCUGAGCGUGGCACAUUCCUGGCCGGGGGGGAGAGGCCGGGCCGGGCGACCCCGUCCCUGCCGGCCCCGGGGUCCGGCAGAGGCUGCGGAGCGAGCUCGGGCGCCGGGAUGGCUGCGGGGUGCCGGCCAGAGCCCCCCUGGACCUACCGCCGCAUCGCCGGGGAGUACGCGUACCUGGAGAAGCGCUUCGUGGCCGAGCUGGCCCCCCCUGGCCCCCGUGCCCCCCAAUCCCUCCCGACGCCUGCAGGACUUCGCCCCCCGGCCCCGGGUGCCCCCCACCCCUUGCCCCCCACGGCAGCCCGAGGGGACGGGGGGCAGCGGACCCUGGGGGGGGAACCCACCACCCACACCCCGGCCCCCGGUGCCGGUGGGCAGGUUGUGCCCCCCCACCUACGAGGUGCACAUGCAGCGGGUGCAGGCGGCCCAUGCCCGCCGGGGAGGGCCUCCCCCCUACAUCUCCCCCCCCGCCUAUGACGCUCCCCACCGCACCCUGCAGCUCCGGCCCCCCCGGGGACCCCGCAGCCCCCCGGCACCCCGGGCCCGGGGGCCUGUGCCGGGGGGCUGGAGCCACACGCUGCCCCGGGCGGCCACCGAGGCCAAGCACCGGCGGCCCCGCGGGACGCAGCUCCCCCCGGGGGGGGCCGGCACCCCCCGGCACUGCCAGACGCUGCCGCGGGCGGCGGCCGGCCGGGAGCGGGUGCCGGGGCGCGGGAGGGGGCGGCGGGGGUCGGGGGGACACGUCCUCAUCGACGCCACCCGCGUGGUGGUCCGGGCGCAGUACGUGCCCCCCCCGCAGCGCCAGCAGGUCCGCUACGCCGGGGGUCCCCGGCGCCCGCCAGCCCUCCCCGCAGCCCUCCUGCGCCCCCCCGGGGCUCUCACCCCCCCCGCAGCGCCCUCGCCCCCCCGGGAGCCACCGGGAGCCCCCGCAGUCCGUGGCGGAGCCCGGGGGGCUGCGGGGGUCCCCGGGGGCGGCCCCCCCCCGCGGCGGCCGGCACUGUACGCCCAGGCCCUGCGCGAGGCCGUGUCCCGCAUCCGCCGGCACACGGCGCCCGACUCCGACUCGGAGGCCGAGGGGAGCGUGGGGGGGUCCCGGCGGCGGCUCUGCCGAGACCCCCAUGCCUACAGCAGCAGCAGCAGCAGCCUGGAGAGCACCGGGGCCCCCCCGGGCCCCACCAGCCCCACCCGAGCCUGAGGGCCGGGACUUGGUGGGGUGUGGCACCUCGAGGGCGGGACUUGGCUGGGUGUGUCCACCGGAGGUGUGGCUUGGCAGGGUGUGGUCCUGGGGGCGGGGCUCAGGGCUGGAUCUCCCGGAGCUGACCCCAAUAAAGGCUGCGGGAUCCCCA